AUGGGGGACCACCUCUUAUCCUCCUCACCCUUCUUCCCCGCUCCCGUCUUCUCCCAACCCAAAACCAGAACCACCCCAAACCCAGAGCCCACCUGCCCUAAACAUCUCCUCCCCCACCCCCACACACUACUGCCAUUUGCUGCCCCAGCUCUUACAACACCUGCUGUUGCACCCAAAUCCACCACCCGUACCCGCCACCACCGCCAUCAACCACUGACCCACUUCUCCAAGCCCUCGCUUCUCAGCUCCUCCAAUCCACCCCACCAGAUCCCUACUCCACCCACCACAAUCUCCGCCGCAAAAACCCUCACCACACCCACAAUGCCCACCACCCAAAACACCGUUUCCGCCAACAACCACCACAACACCAACUUAUCUCCUCCCUCCUUUCCCGUAUUGAAGCCCUCGAAUCCUCCCUCCACCACUACUCCACCUCUGGCUCGCAUUGCUCUCACUCUUCGUACUCCCGCUCUCUCAGAGACACCACCUCCCGAUUCUGGAAGACGGAGACGCGUGCGUGAAGUUCUGGAAGACGAGGCUGCACUGCGCCUUAAUUUCAUGGCCGGCCUCGCAGAGAUGGGCGAGGGAGGGGGAGUUCGCGACGUAGAGCGCCGAGAAGUUGAAGUCCUUGAAGACAGCUCGUCGGUGGUGCGUUGGAUGGAGGGGAGGGCGAAGAGGGCCUCCGUCAAGAGGAGGAAGGAUAUGGCGGGGUUGACCCGGAGGAGGGAGGAGAUUUGGUGCGGUCACUGCGGUGGGGUGUGUAAUUGA